GACCCCACGUCUCGUCUAGCCAAGCAUUUCCUCCAGAGAGGGGGAAUGCUUGAGCAGCAAUUGGAACGAUGGAAUUCAAACUGGGAGAGUCACCCCUGCAUCCUAAGAUGCAGCUCUUGGCCAUUUUUGUCUGAGUGAAGUUUUGCUGCCCCAGGAACCAGCAGCACUUUUUCACAGCUAUUUAUACCUUGUUCAUGGUGAGGAUGGGGCCUUGUCCAUAUUCCUUUGAAUAUUUUUUCCCCUUUCGCUCACUUCUUUGAUAUUCCUGACUGAUGGUAUCCAAGAAUCUGUUAAUAAAGACUGAAUAUUCUGUACUUCAGAAGAUGCGUUCCAAACUUUUAAUAGCUUCUUGCUUCUUGAAGAUAACAUCUGCUAUUUCUUUAUUUGAAGCCAGUCAGAAUGAAGAAUUGGUUCAGCUCAGUGUAAUACCACUAGAGGGAGCUUAGGUACAGAUGAUACGAAAAAGUAAACUACAGAAUACAGCAGAAAUGAUUGUCAUUUUGAACGAAGAGCUAGAACUAUUCUUACUUAUGUAUGCAGCCUUGCGGUCAGUGAUUAAGUUUUGUGGGCAGUAGUUUGUAUACUGUUGCUUUCAUUUGUUCUUACCAACUCUCUGCUCUGAUCUCCAGAAAAUUAGGAUGAUUUGUGGCAGGGAUGCUGAGAUGGUAGAGCUGUAUUUUCACUCUAUUUCCUUAGAAACAAUUCCAGCAUCCUAGCUGUAGGAUCACUGAAAUAAUAUCAUGCAGUUUUUCUCUCUCCCUCGCCACCGCAGGCAACUGCAGUGACUUCUGAAGGUGAUCAUCAAGUUAUCUUUCAAACUGCUGUAUGCAUUACCCAAAUUUCAUUCAAGUGUGUUGGUUAUAGCUCUAUUCCUGCUGCACCAGCAGGGAAUUUGAUCUGCUAGGAGUUUCUGGGCAUGGAGAACAUUGUUGAGUAGCAGAGAGAGAAGCUGUGCAGGCGAAAAGCAGUGUGCCACCUGCGCUGGGGCAGAGCAGUGUAGCUCAGCACUGCAAGGGAAGGAAACACUGCAAAGGAAACACUGCUGCAAAACUGUGAGGGAAAUGGGGAUGUGUGCGGCGUGGCUGCAGAGCCAGCACAUGGGAAGUUGCUCAUUCAUGUCUCAGGGAACGUGGUAAUGGUGUUUGAUACUGAACAAAGCAUUUAAUGGCCUAGAUGAAAGCCUUCUGGUCGUUUAAUUGGAAGUGCCUUGCUGUUUUACACAGACCUACUGCCCUAUUUUCAUGAGACUUAAAAUUGUGCAGAAAAAUUGUUUCCAUGGAAGCAGAGAUCACAAAAGAAAUAACACUCCGUGUUUCCUACAGGAUUCCUUUUACAGCCUGCUGUUCUCAGCAAUUAACUCUUGUAGCGCUGUUACAGUUUAGCGUGGGUUCAAGGAGGUAACAGAAAAUAAUACCUUGAGGGACUGUGUAUAUAUACUUGACUUUUUUUCCUUUCCUGCCUUUGAAAGAAAUCUGUUCUCUGCAUGUUUACAGAGGGAAAAUCUACAGUGGGGAAAAAAAGUUAAUGGAGGAGUACACGCUACUUUGGCAAAUUAUGGAACUCGGUCAGGGAAACUUGAAGUUAUUCCUGCUUUCCCUUUUUCUUGCCUCAGUUUUACUUUUUUUUGGUUUUGGUGACUAAAAGCACUGCUGUGUACUCUGAACCAGCUUUGAAGGAAGCAGCAAUUAAUGGAGUUUUUAAUUAAGGUAACAGUAGUGAGAAUCAUCACCAGCAGGGAAGUCAGACCAUCUGUUUUAAUUGCCUGUCAUUUUUCUUCCAUACAUUACUUCUGAAAAACCACUGCUUUAUUCUGUUUCACUGUGUCUGUAAGGAAGGAGAAACUAUCAAAUGGUGAUGGGAGGCUCAGACCAAGGCUGAGCAUCGCAUGAGGAAAGUGCUGUCACCUAAAAACCUUGGCUCAAUAAAGUGCUUUCAGAGCACAAGGGCGGCUCAGCUCUCAGCCAUACAGCAGUUGCUGUAGUUUCUUUUGAAUCUGGUUAUGAGCUGUAACAUUUUAUAGCUGGUGAGGGUCUGUCCUCAGUGAGACAUCUCAGAGGGCAAAACAAAGGCUGCUCUCUCUGAAGUGCGUAACGUCAAAGACAUAGCAUGAGGAUGUAGCUGACAGUUAAAUAGAUUUUGACUUGGAAGGAAGGAUAUGGAUUUUAUGUAUAUCUAAGAUAGGGAAAUUAAUUACUUGGAAAUAAAAAUGACAUGAGAGUUGGGAUGUAGUACACUUGUAAAAACAAACAAACAAACAAAAAAAACCCUCAAAGUGGGAAACUGAAUUACUUGGUGAUUCCAUAAAAAAUGUAUCAGUAGUUCACAAUGACUUCCUACAGCUCUUCAAUGCUGAUAUUUUUAUCCUAGAGGAGGGGAAGUGAAGAGGUGCAGUAAUGAGCUAUAGGUCUGAAGAGGAGCCAGGAAUGAUUUGAAGAACUUGCCUCAUCUUUGCUGCCCUAAGUAGCGUGAAUUUCUUUGGCUGAUUUAGAAACAGGAGGAGGUCUAUGGACAGAUUAUGGAGUGAGAGGGAGUGUUUACAUCUGCAGCUUCAAUUCUAAACCUACACCAUGUCAUUAAUGCUCAUCAGUAGCCAGGGUAGCUUCCUACUGUUCACAUACACACAAGUCAUCAUUACAGGCAGCCCUGCUCGUAGUGAUUUAAAGCAGGUCAGGCCCUCAGGAAAACAGAGCAGGCCAAAAGAAUUGUCUGCAAGGCAGCACAGAAGUUGUGCAGAUGGGAGAAUGGUGCUGUUCAAAAUAAUGAUUUAUAACGGGUCUGACACCAUUUGACAAACAGAUAGAUGACUUAAUGCUAACUGGAAAUUGUGGUUCAUGCUUUGUAAAUCAUCAUUAAGACACUUGGGAGCCACUGGAGUGUAGUGUGAUAGGCAUUACUCAAAGUUCAGACUGAAAAAUUUCUUCAGAAACCACUAACAACUUUGUAAGGGUAAUGAAAGUUAGGAAAUUAGCAUUCCUAAUACUGCUUUGGGAUGAGUAGGAAAAGGGAAGCUUUCUGUAGUGGAAGCUGAGAUUGCUCUCCUAUGCUAAGUAAAAGUUCAUCAAACUGAUGAAUUGUCUUUCUACCUGAGUUGGCAGCUACUUCGGGGUUCUGUUGGAUCAUACAUAAAAUAAAGCCCUCUGCAGUUUUAUAAGGAUGUGAAAGUGGCAUCUGGACAGUGGAUGAUACAGAAGUUAUGUAAGAGGUAGGAAAAAUCACAAUGAACAUAGAGGAGUAGGAUUGCCUCGGAUGAGUGGGACUUCCUCCAAAAGAAAUGGAGGAAGUUCCUUACAGAUGCAUUUGUCUGUGGGCUCCAUAAAAAUCCUGACGAGAGAAGAAGGCGAGGUGAAGCCUUGUGCUCUAAUCUGUAAGCUCAGUGCAGGAGCCAUGCUUUGGGUCUGCUUUUGCCUCCUCCGUGUUGCUCCUUCACCACCAGGGAUGUCAGGCAUCUCGGCAAUCAGUGCUGCCCACUUAGAAAUAAUAGAUGAAAGCGCAGCUCCUCUGGCAUCUGGGCAUGAGAGACCAGUUGUUUUAGAAGAACUUGUUUGUCAGGUCUGGUUGUACUUUGAAGAAAGGAGCCGCACAACAGCGUGUAGAAACAAGUAGAGUCCCCUAGCACAUAUAAGCUCCAGACAACACUUGCUGCCACUUCCAGCUGUACCCACACGUUGUACCUGUGCUAUGGAGCCUCUGCUUGGGGUUACGCUGGGUUUGAUUCUGAUGGUAGCUUCAUCGGCACAGAGCUGUACCUGUGUGACCAAUAAGUGGACAGUAUGCGACCAGGAUGCAUCUGGCAACUGCACCUGCAGGCUGGUAGGUUCAGAUCAUACAGUAGAUUGUUCGACGCUGACUUCAAAAUGCUUGCUGAUGAAGGCAGAAAUGUCUGUCCUGAAGCUCUCCUACAGACCUCGGGUUAAGCUGCUGGAUGGUGGCAUUUAUGAUCCAGACUGCGAGGACAGCGGUAUCUUCAAAGCCAGACAGUGUGACGAAGCUGGAACUUGCUGGUGCGUGAACACAGCUGGAAUAAGAAGAACUGGAAAAGGUGACAAAAAUUUGAUAUGCAAUGAACUGAUAAGAACAAACUGGGUCGACAUCGAACUGAAGCACAAAGAAACAUCCCAUUACUUCGAAGCUCUUGAUGUAGCAGAAGCCCUGACACGUCUGUUUGAGAACCGCUACAAACUGCGACCCAAAUACAUCGCAGCUGUGAAGUACGAUUCCCCAUUUAUCCAAAUCCACCUAAAACAGAAUAACUUGAAGCAGCGGGACGUAGAUAUAGUUGAUGUAGCCUAUUACUUGGAAAAAGACGUAACAGGGGACUCUGUGUUUCAUUCUGACAGCACAUUUCUUGUCUCUGUUAAUAGGAAAGAUCUGGCUAUUGAAAAUAUACGCAUUUACUACGUUGAUGAAAAGCCACCAGUGUUUAGCAUGAAGCAACUGCUUGUUGAUAUCAGUGCUGUGGUGGCAGUGGUGAUACUGCCUGCUGGUUUUGUCAUUAUUUUGGUGAUUGUUCUGUGCCAGAGGAGAAAAUACAGAAAAAUUAAGAUCGAAAAGAUGAGUGAAACAGAAGGACAAAUUCUAGAGCUCUAAUCUGACAGAAAUCAAACUGCAACUUCAGCAACCAGGCAGAGGUGGGGAGGGCAAAAUAAGAAGAAUGAACAGACUCUGUGUAAUGUGGGUGGAUUUGGAGUUGUCUCCCAUUUUGUAGGAAUUGACAAAGCACUCGUUUUGAAUUAUUCUACUACAAAAACAACUUUUCCUUGGGUAUAAAUUAAUCUAGGAGUUGGUAACUGAAAUCUGGGACCAAAAGUCCCAGUUUGGUAGCUACACAAAGUGUAAUUGAUAUUUUGUGCCAAUAUAGCAUACAUGCACUUGUACUGCAGACUUCGUUCGCUUGCUUAAUAUUUAAGCCAAGGUUCCUCGUGUGUUUGCUUAGAGCAAAAUAAUCAUAGCAAUAAAAAUGUUUUAAAAGUC